AUGACGGCCUUUGAGAAAAAGUUCGGCGUGUACAGGCCGUCGCUGAAACGCUACGCUAUCGAGCCAUACUUCCUCUCUCUUCUGAACAGCCUCACCUACAUUGGCCAGGUUUUCGGCCUGUUGUUGGGUAGCUAUAUAGCUCGGCGUUGGGGACGGCGCAUGUCAUUCUUCGUCAUGUGCGUUUGGGCGUGGAUUUCCGCCAUCCUACUCGUGACGGCGCAACAUAAAGAACAGGUACUGAUCGGGCGAAUCCUCAACUUUGUCUACGUCGGAAUGGAACUUGCCGUCGUGCCUGUGACCCAAUCCGAGUUGGUCCCAGCUCGCGUUCGUGGCUUCGUCGUUGGUACCUAUCAGCUGGGAAUCCUAGUGGGAGCUCUCCUUAUAUCUGUCUCUCCUCGCUGGCUCCUGUUGCGCAACCGCCCUGACGAUGCGCGAGCAAACCUCGAACUCCUGCGACGUGGAAGGUUUUCCGAGGAAGAAAUUGAGGCCGAGUUCCAGACAUUGGUUGCUUCAAUAAAUAUAAACGUCGAGAAGGGCUCCUUCAAGGAGAUAUGGCAAGGAAAUAACCUCAAGAGGACCCUGGUCUGUAUUGGGACAAAUUUCUUCUUGCAGGCGACUGGGCAAAGCUUCACCUCAAAAUAUGGCGCUGUGUUUGUGAAGGAUAUCGGCGCCAUUGAUCCUUUUGUCUUUAAGACUAUCAACUCGGUCAUCAUCAUUUGUGCAGUUUUGCUGGCGAUAUCCUUGCUUAUUAUUGGCUCCUUAAUCCAAGCUGGCUCUCUACUCGCAAUGGGAGGACUUGGCACCACGGAUGAACCGAGCAAAUCGGCGAAAAUCGGCAUCACCGCUUUAACUACUGUCUUCGCAGUCGGGUUCAACUUUGGCCUAGGACCCGUGUCUCAUGUUAUCACCGCCGAGCUCCCCUCCUCGCGUCUAAGGGAUAUAACCUACGCCACCGCUAGUACCGUAGCCGUUGUCACCUCCUUUGCCGUUACAUUUAGCAUCCCUUACCUCCUGUACGAACCCUAUGCUGCUCUUGAGGCUCGUGUCGGAUUUAUCUUCGGAUCUAUAUCCUUUGUCGCCGCCAUCUUCGCUAUCUUUUGUGUUCCGGAAUGCAAGAACAUGACUCUCGAAGAAAUCGAUUAUCUCUUCAAUGAGAACACACCCCUUCUCGAAUUUAAAAAGUUUAAGCACGGCCAUAUUAUCCCAGAAGAAGUAAUUGAGGAGAACCAGAGACGAGAUGACAAGCCUGAAUUGGAAACAAAGGAGACCGUGUGA